CCAGACAAUGACUUUGCAACGAAGUAUUAAAAAGCCUGACGUCAGUAAAGCAGCAACAAUGCCUCAGCGCGCGCUCGCUCGCUCGCUUAUCUCGUGCGCAGGGAAACCCCGAAUCAGCCUCCGCGUGAUGGCGGUAUGAGGCAGUCCCUGCAAGCCAAAGCGUGGGAGUUCCUGCCUUCGCCAUGUCGGGGUGGUGCUGCAACGAGCUGAGGAUACCCUGAACCAAGCACAAGUCUCCCAGCCCCCCUCCUGCCGCUCCAUCCAUCUAUCUAUCUAUCUAUCUAUCUAUCUAUCUAUCUAUCUAUCUAUCUAUCUAUCUAUCUAUCUAUCUAUCUAUCUAUCUGUCUGUCUAUCUGUCUAUCUAUCUAUCCAUCCGUCCACUGUUUUCCCGAACAAACCGCUACGCAUCUUCCCCUGACCAACGGUGGACGGAGGAGAGACGCACCAAGUGAUGCUGCUAGCCAGCGCAUCCCGCAGCACCGAACACCGUACACUCGCCCGUUAGGAGUAGGCGCACUUUCCCCGGUAUCUACAACAACCCAUGAAGAUGUCCAACGCAGACAUGGGUUUAAACCCUUCCGACCGCGUCAUUAAAUCGGUGCCAUUUCCACUGAGCCACAGGUUAAGCAUGCGAGAGGUUUUUGACAGUGAGGGGAAACCUCGUGUGGACCUGCUGAAGGCUCACCUCACUAAAGAGGGCCGCGUGGAGGAGCCCAUCGCCCUGCGCAUCAUUAAUGAGGGGGCCGCCAUCCUCCGCCAGGAGAAAACCAUGCUGGACAUAGAGGCCCCAGUCACAGUGUGUGGAGAUAUCCACGGGCAAUUCUUUGACCUAAUGAAGUUAUUUGAGGUUGGCGGGUCUCCUGCGACAACGAGGUACCUGUUCCUAGGAGACUAUGUUGACCGAGGGUACUUCAGUAUUGAGUGUGUUCUAUACCUCUGGUCACUGAAAAUCCUCUACCCGAAGACACUGUUUCUACUGAGGGGAAACCAUGAAUGUAGACAUCUGACUGAAUAUUUCACUUUCAAACAAGAAUGUAAAAUCAAAUACUCGGAGCAGGUGUACGAUGCGUGCAUGGAUGCAUUUGACUGUCUGCCUCUGGCAGCUCUGAUGAACCAGCAGUUUUUGUGCGUUCAUGGUGGCCUGUCUCCAGAGAUCCACACGUUAGAUGACAUCAAGCGGUUGGACAGGUUUAAGGAGCCCCCGGCGUUCGGCCCUAUGUGUGACCUGUUGUGGUCUGACCCUCUAGAAGACUUCGGCAAUGAAAAGAGCCAAGAUUACUUCAGCCACAACUCUGUCCGUGGAUGCUCUUACUUCUACAGCUAUCCUGCAGUGUGUGAGUUUUUACAGACCAACAACUUGCUGUCAGUCAUCAGGGCACAUGAGGCUCAGGAUGCUGGUUACCGUAUGUACAGAAAGAGUCAGACCACAGGUUUCCCGUCCCUCAUCACCAUAUUUUCAGCUCCAAACUACCUGGACGUUUACAACAACAAAGCGGCCGUGCUCAAAUAUGAGAACAACGUGAUGAACAUACGACAGUUCAACUGCUCACCACAUCCUUACUGGCUGCCCAAUUUCAUGGACGUCUUUACCUGGUCUUUGCCCUUCGUUGGAGAGAAAGUGACAGAGAUGCUGGUGAAUGUCCUUAGCAUCUGUUCUGAUGACGAGCUCAUGAACGAUGGAGAUGAGAUCUUUGAUGCUAAUGCUGCAGCCGCUCGUAAAGAGGUCAUCAGGAACAAGAUCCGUGCCAUCGGCAAAAUGGCCAAAAUGUUCUCAGUCCUGCGAGAGGAGAGUGAGAAUGUGUUAACCCUGAAAGGCCUAACCCCUACUGGCAUGUUGCCAAGCGGCGUACUGUCUGGCGGAAAACAGACCUUGCAGAGCGCUACCGUCGAGGCCAUUGAAGCCAUCGAGACGGUUGAGGAUGGAGAAGCCAUCCGUGGCUUUUCUCCACAGCACAAGAUCAAGAGUUUCGAGGAGGCGAAGGGUCUGGAUCGUAUAAACGAGCGCAUGCCCCCACGCCGAGACGUGGUCAACAGCGUGGGGCUCUCCAUGGGCAAGAUGAACAUGGCCGAAUCAAAUGGCACGGACGACAACAGCAAUAUCCAGUGAUUCAUCUCGUCCUCCUCCUCCAGUCCCUUGCUCGCCCCUGCUCCUUCUGCCAUAAUGCAAUUCUUCCCUCUCCCCUCAUUUUUACUGCUACUGUCUGUGUAGCAGACGGAUUCUGCGAUAUAUUUAGACUGAACUCCCUGUUGAUGUUCAGCGGCCUCAACAACAAAAAUGAGACGGACAGAAGAGAUGCGUUGCUAUUCAGAACAUGAACACAAAAAUAUUCGUAAAGGCUGGAGGAGAUCAUGGGUGAAUUUCAAUGAUGGGUACUGUGGGAAGGGGAGGCUACUCAAAAGGUCGUUCAAAAUGAAAGUGAGCCACUAAGUCCUUUGGGCCCUUCCGCAAAGCUAUUAGCUUUAACUUUGAGGAGGUAAUUUUGCAGUCCAUGAUCACAUGAUUACAUCCUGAAUGGGGCAUUCUCAUACGGCGCCGCUUAGAGGACAGGGAGGGAAUUAAUUUUUUGUAAAAGUUUUGCAUUACCUCACAAUAUGUUUUGCGUUCUGUUGCAAUAGUUUUGCGUUCCCUCGCAAUUUCUUUAUCCUUCACUUAUGAAAAUUAACCAUGCUUUCACUACAGUAACCAAUUCAACUAUGGUUUUGGUAGUAAAACCAGAACCACAAAAUUUUCCAUGGUUUUGCCAACAGAAUCCAUAGUUCACCUAUGGUUACUGUAGUAAAAUCAUGGUUGAUUUUUGUUGCAAGGCAACACAAAACAUAUUGUAAGGGGAAUGCAAAACUAUUUCAGAAAAAACAUUUCUCCCAUUCUAAAAGCAUUUAUAAUCUUCUUGCCAUUCAUUUUGAAACCUGAGAUAAUUUAUUUGAGAUGUUAGCUGGGAUUUAAACCAAUUUAAACCCAACGGGAAAUAUUUCUUACAUUUUUUCAUUUAUGAAUUUUUUUACAUUCAAAAAAAUAUUUUAGCCUAUUUUUACACAUUUUAAUUUCAUAACAAAAUUCCAUCAAAUGGAAUUGUGUUUAACAAAAAUAAUUAAAUAAAACUGAUAUUGUAAAAAAAAAAAAAAAGAUUGUUCAUUAUUUUAUCAAAGAUUAUUCCAUUCAAAUUGAUGGAAUUUUGUUAUGAAACUGAAAUGCAUGAAUCUUAAAAUAUUUUUUUUAGUGUGUCAAGCACCAAAUUUGAAUUAUAGACACAAAAAGGCUGUAUUUGAUGCAAAAGGUUUACUUGCCAUAACAAUCUUAACAGCUAAAAACAUGAAUUUUGCUGCUAUGUUAUUAAGGUAAAAUUAUGGUUCAACAUAAUGUGAUGUGUGUAGGUGACAGUAAUGCCCAGCUCCCCUCAUAGCACUCACUAAAAGAGCUCUGCCCUUCAGAGUGAGUAGCGCAUAGUGAUGCUCACUUUCGUUUGGAAUUCGCCAAAGGUUGUCAGGAGGGAAUCAUUGAUAGUGUGAGAGUUGCAUGAUGGGAUAUGUAGUUUUAUGACAAUGGGCUUUGUAUAGGAAAUAUAAACAUGUGAAAAGAGGGCAUUUCCUGUUGCUUUUCGUAAGCCAUCUCAACAUUUAAUCACGUGCAGGAUAUGAACUAUAGAUAUCUAUAAUUAAAUUUUACUAGUUUAAAUGCUAAUUCUUGAUAUCAGCAAUGGAAUUACUACUAGUGAAAAUGCAAAUUUUUGAGACCAAUAAUUUGGUUUGCACUAGUAAAAACUUGAUGCUAAUUCUUGAUAUCAAAAAUGGAGUUUCAACUAGUAAAAAUCAUGUUUGAUAUCUGUAACUGCAUUUUCACUGGUAGAAUUUCACAGUGUCCUGUCUUUCACUCCUGUUCAAAAUGCAAUUACAGAUAUCUAUAAUUCAUUUCUUACUAGUUGAACGUUCAAAUGCACAUAUCAUCUGUGUACUUAUUACUAGUAAAAAUAGAACUUUUAAUAUUAAUAAUUACAUUGUUACUAGUGCAAAUAUCUAUUCCUGACAUCAACAGUUGAUAUACUGUUAUAUACCGAAAUAUACAGUGUAUAUAUAUAUAUAUUCAUUAUUUAUAUGUUCAUAUAUAUAUAUAUAUAUAUAUAUAUAUGCUCAAGUGUUUAAAAAUACCGUACCAGUUAAAAUAACAGGUAUCUGAAAUUAACACUGCCACCAGUGAAAACCAAAUUACAGAUAUAAAAAAUUUGCAUUUUUACUAGUUUAUAUCAGAAUCGGCAUUUGCACUAGUAACAAUGCACUUAUUGAUAACAAAAAUGACAAUUUUUACUAGUAAGCAGUAGUCCUAGCUAAUAUGUGUAUUUGGAAUUUCAACUUGUAAGAAAUGUGUUAUAUAUCUGUAAUUGUGUAUUGAACAGGAAAGACUGACAGAUCGUUUUGAAAUUCUGCUAGAAAUAUAGUUACAGAUAUCAGUAAUUUUGCUUUUUGCUGGUUGAAAUUCCAUUUUUGAUAUCAAGAAUGAACAGAUUUACUAUUGCAAACCUAAUUGCUGGUAUCAGUAAUUAGCAUUUUAACUAGUGAAAAUAUAAUUACUGAUAUCUAUAAUUCAUAUCCUGCACAUGAUUAAAUGUCGAAAGGGCUUGGGACAGUUGCUUUGUAAGAGAUGUUUAUUUAUGCGUGUUUGCACUUAUGGGUGUGUGGGCAAAAUGUGUUAUAUAAUAAGUAGGUUUUCACGAAUGCUUACUGUUCUUUUUCCAGGCCUGCUGUGGAAACUAUAACACAAUAAUACUGCUGUAUUUAUUCUUAAUGAGAGGAACGUAUGUUUGCGUUUAUGUAAGUGUGUGUGUAUGAGGUGCUUAUAACCAUUUACUUUUAAAAUUCUCUUGCAGUUCUAUGUUUUGCAAAUAGUACUCAAUAUAUAGCCUACGGCAAAACAAAACUAAUGUUACACUAAAUAACUUCACACAGGUUAUUACGAUUAAUCCACAAAUAACAGAGAUUUUUAUUUCUCGUAAUGCCCCUCAUGCUGUUCAGCUGAGUGCUCGCUGCAUCGUGUAAAUCUGCUGUUGUCACAUUGUGCCGCGGUUGCUAUGGCAGUACUCCCUGUGUCCCGCAGAGUCUGACACUUCCCCGCCUCCUCUCCCUCCGUUCCAGAGCAGAACGAGGGGAAUAUUCAUGUGUGCGUGUGUGCGUGUGAAACAGGGAGGUGAUGUGACCUGAGGGAAUGUGUUAGUCCAUCGUGGAUAUGUGAGACUUCAGACAGGUCCUUGUGAUAAUGGGUGGUUUCAAACUGGUCCUUGUCCUGUACAGGUGCACUAGACAGAACAGAUUUCCAGCUAAGCAUAAUUCAUGGGAGUUUAUUUUGUAUAUAAAUGCCGUAUAUUUUUAAGGGACUUUUUUUGUUAUUGUUUAUUUUCAUGUUUUUCUUUAAUUCAAGCUAUUCACUUAUUUAUUGUUUGUUUGUUUGUUUACAUUGCUGUACAGGUAAUUAAGCUCCAAUGAGGUGUUAAACCUUGUGCUUUUGGGUUUCUUAUUUAUUGAUGUACAGAAGUUAUCCAGUAGUGUGAAGGAACAUAUAAUUGUGUGAAAGACAUCCGGGCUACCAAAGCAUGACUGCAUGGUUAUUUCAAUUGUAAAUCAAAUAUGGACACACCUUAACGUGUCUCACAUUUUUAAGGAGAAGUAUAUUCUGAUCAUUAUUCUAAACAAUAUGCUGUUUAUUUAUGAUUAUGGUUAUAAUUAUUAAGAGUUCUGCUGGUUUAUUCCACUUUGCCUCAUCCCUGUUUUGGUUGCUCAUUGUGCUUUACUUUAUGAAUAAUGAAAAACUUUCAUGUUUUCUUUGUGAUUCUAUAUCUUGUAUUUUUCUCUGGAGCUUCAUUUUGAGCAUCAUGAUUUCCUGAUCUACAGUACGGACAGUGUGAGCAUGCCCUAUGGGACAAAUCUCUUUUUUACUCUUGAAUAAAAUAUGCAUGAACUUU